UGGACGCCUUUUGUCCUCUUCCUCCACCCCAUUAUGGAUUUACACUCUCCCUUUGUUCGCCCUUCCUGCCCAGCGGCAACUCGUGCGUGCACUUCUGCUACGAGGAUGCCCCAGAACAUACUAUAUGCACUUUCAGCCUCUCUUUGCCCUCGCCCGCUAGUACCCCAUCGACUCCCUGAUGCAUCCCGAGCUGCCCUAUCUUGCCUUCAUCGCCGCCUCCCUUGUCUUGGUUCCUCUCCCUUGGCACUGGCGAGCCCGUAAUGUUGCCACACUCUCGAUUAUUGCGUGGCUGUUUGUCGUGAAUACGAUCUAUGGCGUCGACGCUGUCAUCUGGGCGGACAAUGUAGACAUCGUCAUUCCCGUCUGGUGCGACAUCACGACGAAGAUUCUAAUUGGUGCAAAUAUGGCAUUACCUGCUGCCUGCAUGUGCAUUUGUAUCCACCUCGAACAAGUCGCGUCUCUCCGCGAUGCGAGGAUAUCAACUGCCACCAAGCAAAGGAGGCAGGUCUUCGAGGGCCUCAUUUGUUUCGGUCUGCCUGCGGUUUGGAUGGCUCUUCACUACGUCGUCCAAGGACACCGUUUCGACAUCAUUGAAGGCUACGGUUGCCGACCCAGUACAUACGUCUCCGUCCCCUCCAUGCUUCUCCUCUGGGUCCCGCCACUCAUCCUCUCCGCUAUCUCCUUUGUCUUCGCCGCCCUCGCGCUACACCACUUCAUCCAGCGCCGCCUCACCUUCGCCAAGCACCUCGCCAACUCACGAAGCGGGCUCACCACCUCGCGCCUCCGCCCGUGGACGAGCUUCGCGGACGUGCACUGGGGCUUCUCCGCGAUCGACCAGUAUGCCAUGUUCGGGACGCCGCAGCUGGCGCUCACGUAUUACUACGUGAUUUGGCUGAUCGUGCCGGUGUCGUCGUUCGUGUUCUUUGCGUUCUUUGCGUUCGGACGUGAUGCGGUGAUGGAGUAUGGUGCCUGCGUUGCAUGGGUACGGAGAGUCAUGCUUAGGCAGAGGCAGACCGACCGCAAGGCUCCUUCUGACUUUGUUUCUCUUCCUUCGGCAAGGAUGCCCACGAGUCCUUUCUCGAAGUUCUCCAGCUCAUCAAAGAGCACCUUCCCCACAAGCGAACCAACUACGCCUAUCUCUGCGGAGAAGAACGCCAGCUUCUUUGAGAACCGAAACCCUCCUACGUUGCCACCUUUGUGCCAUUCCCUUGGCAACAGUUUCACUUGCCCCGACAGGCCGUAUUCGUACACUUCGUUUGUUCGCUCUUCCUCGCGCCCGUCUCCACCGUCUGUUCAAUUUUCUGGCCGUGGUUCGGUUAGACAUGCUCUCUGAUUACCUCUGGCUCAUAUCGUCCUGGUCUUCUCUGUGCGCCGCCACACAGAUUCCUCAAUGGCUGCUCUCGUUCGAUGUACAGAUUCCCUCGCUGUAACACAACUCGCUGUAUCUAUAACUUCGCCUCGAACUUGAUAUAUGGGCUUCACCGUCA